UGUCUGCCUGCUGGCUUGCGUGAGCAAAUUCGCCUCCGUUGAAAAAGUGGAUCGGAUGAGCCAGAGUUGACUCGUGUGUAUGUUUUGGAAUUAAAAAACGGUCCAAGGAGGUGAACGGGUUUUUCGCGGACUCGCUGGGUGACGUCGAAGACGACGCGGAGGUCGGUCGGUUCUCGUCGUCUACUAAUGUAGGGAAAUGACCGCGAGUGACCUCGAAGCGACUGCUGGCUUGGUUUAGCAACAGUCAGUGUCGCCAGUGGGUUUAUCUUCAAAAGAUUGCACUCGCGAUAAAAUACGUUCGACCCGCCACGAGGGGGUUCGGUUCGGCUCAUUUGCGAGGACGGCGCGGUUGUUAGUUCGGAGCUACCGUGCACUGGCUAACGCUAAUUAGCUCUCGUGUUAGUUUCGCCCCAGAGUUGCUAAACCAAAGCUAGGCUACUUUAGCUUUUGCUGCUAGCUUCCCGGCACCCGUAGAUGUUACAGCGAGACUAGACCCAUUCCUACCCAGUACUGUAUCUGGCGGCUCGCUUCCCAUUGUCGAAGCUAAGGUAGGGUAGCCCUAGCUGCUGCUAUGGAUAAAGCAAAGUCAAUGGUGGACAAAAAGGGGACGACAUCGGGACUCUUCCGCGUCAACAAAAGCCCGAGUCAGAGGAGCUACAACGGGCACAUCAACGGGUGCGUGGGCGCGCUCGCUUCGGCCAGCAGCAGCGGCGGCAACCAGUACGAGACCAACACUCGCCACAUGCACCGAGGGGACAAUGUGGAAUGCAACGGCUCGCCGGCAAAGAAGAGCAGGCUACGGAGGAGGACCGAGUCUACGAGGCGGCACAGACCACCGUUCCCAUGGUUCGGGAUGGACAUCGGCGGCACGCUAGUCAAGCUGGUCUAUUUCGAGCCAGUGGACAUCACGGCGGAAGAAGAGCAGGAGGAGGUGGAGAACCUCAAAUCCAUCCGCCGAUAUCUUACCUCAAACGUGGCCUAUGGCAAGACGGGCGUGCGCGACGUCCACCUGGAGUUGCGCAACCUGACCAUGUGCGGCCGCACGGGCAACCUGCACUUCAUCCGCUUCCCCACGCAGGCCAUGCCGCGCUUCAUCCACAUGGGCCGCGAGAAGAACUUUUCCAGUCUGCACACCACGCUCUGUGCCACCGGCGGCGGUGCUUACAAGUUCGAGGACGAUUUCCGCGCCUUGGCCAACCUUGAGUUACUGAAGCUGGACGAGCUGGACUGCCUGAUCCGUGGGGUGCUGUUCAUGGACCGGGUCGGCUUCAACGGCCACCCUGAGUGCUACUACUUCCACAACCCCUCGGACACGCAGAGCUGCGUCAAGCAGCAGUGCACGCUGGACAACCCUUUCCCGAUGCUGCUGGUUAACAUCGGCUCCGGCGUCUCCAUCCUGGCCGUCUACUCUGAGGACGACUACAAGCGCGUCACCGGGACCAGUCUGGGAGGUGGUACAUUCCUCGGCCUUUGCUGCCUACUGACGGGCUGCGAGACGUUUGAGGAAGCUCUGGAGAUGGCGAGCAAGGGCGACUCCACCAACGUGGACAAGCUGGUCAAGGACAUCUACGGCGGCGACUACGAGCGCUUCGGCUUGCAGGGCUCGGCCGUGGCGUCCAGUUUUGGUCACAUGAUGGGCAAAGAGAAGCGCGACACCAUCAGCAAGGAGGACCUGGCGCGAGCCACGCUGGUCACCAUCACCAAUAACAUUGGCUCCAUCGCGCGCAUGUGCGCCGUCAAUGAGAAAAUUGAGCGCGUGGUGUUUGUUGGCAACUUCCUGCGCAUCAACACGGUGUCCACCAAACUGCUGGCCUACGCCAUGGACUUCUGGUCCAAAGGACAGCUGCGAGCACUCUUCCUAGAGCACGAGGGUUACUUUGGAGCCGUGGGCGCAUUGAUGGAGCUUCUCAAGACCACCGAGGACCCCUGAGUGGCCUCUCUCCUUCCAAUGCUGUGAUGUCAUCAACUCUGGAAAUCCUGCGAACGCCGCAGAGGCUGCUAAAGGAAUCACUACAAGACACAAGAAAGCAAGCGUGGGGAAAAGCCAUUGGGGGACCUCGUGUACAUAGCCAUCAAAGUGUAGAGGUUGUACUAUUGUAAUUACUAAUUUAUGCUAAUUGACUUUGUUCUAGCCCGAGUUUUUACUGACGAGCUACUGUAGCAUCACGCCCCCAGAAAAAACGGUUGGAUCUCUUUAAGAUGAGAGGAACUCAAACAGGGGAUUAGCCAAAAUGCUGCUAAGCUAAUACAAAAGUUGCCCCCUUGUGGUCAAAUAGGAACGUCACUGCACAUGGCCUUUUGCUUUUGUUUCCCUUUGUGACUCCCAGUGUGGACCAACAUUGUGUCUUCUUCUGAGCUACGCUUCAGGUAGCAUCUCUUGUGUUUGUCUUGCAUCUCCUUGCCUUGCGCCCAGCUAUUCCUUGCCAUCACGUCACUUCGGUCAAGACGUAGCUGCCCAUGUCCCAAUAUUUAUGGACUUGUCUCCAAACCAAUGUCAAGUAUGUCGAAAUCUUUGGUUCACAAAAAGGUGGUCAGUUAGUCCCGUCAAGCCAACGAGAAUGGGAACACCAGCAUGGGGUAGAAAGUCUGGCAAAGUAAGCAACAUAAAACAUGCCCUACAAUAUCCACUAAGAGUGAAGCUCGCGCGAGAAGCUAAUGCCAGCUAGAAAUCCAGGAAGUAGAAACCUGCCAAAAUUAAGCAUUAAGCAUGGCCUUCCACAUCCACUUCACACUUAAUGCUAAAAUGCUCAAAGUGGACCAUCUCAAGCUACUCUGUCACUGUCCUUAUGCCUUAUGUCACGCUUCUUUGUGUUAUCUAGCCUUCAGCUGAAUACCUCUGAAAUAUUGCAGACGCCUUUCUUCAGAAUUUGAAAUUAGCGGAACAAUCGUUUUUUUGUUUUUUUUUAAUCCAAAUGUUUCUUUCCCUCCCAGGUGGUUCGUUUUGGUCAGGUCUGAACACAAGAAAUAAACAUCAUACCGGUUUUUAUGCUAACGCUAUCAACGCUAUCAAUGACUAUUGAUAGCGUUAGCAUACAUCAUCAGUUUUGCGUCGAUACGUACUUUGAAAAGUGCACUCGGCUAUUUGUUGGUAUUCCAAGUUUGCUAGAUUGUCCAAGUACAGUAAUUGCUUUUUUCUUUUGUCGGCCUGACGCUGAAUGCUAAAUUUGAAACCAUCCCGCAUCCUUCCUUACACCUUUCAUGCUUCUCUGUGCCAUCUCAUCCACCCUUCCGUUAAAUCCCUCUGUAACGUCACUUGCCAACACAUUUUAUCAUGAAUCUUUAGCAUUAAUAUUGGCACUAUCAUUUUUUUUCCAUCAAACUACAGUUCUUACCCUCACUGGUAUGGUUUUUGGUCAUGUAAGAAUCCGAUGUGACGCAAAAUUUUGUAAUGGGGAUGUAACCAUUGGUAGUUAGCAUUAGCAUAGCAUCUUCGGUUUAGCAGUCCAAGACGCACACUGACUUAAAAGUGCUCUCGACUACUUGAUGGUAUUCCGCGGCCUUGCUUGAUUGUCUAAUUUGUUGCUGUUUGUUAGCGCUAGCCUGUAAGCCAAACACACUUCCUGUUUAAGUUCUCUUGACCGAUAGAGGGGGGUGAUCUGGUUAGACCAGAGUCAAAACACACUGAGGUGACACGACUAGAGGAGAUAAUACAUGUGCAAAACAACCUUCGAGUCCACAAUUUUUGUGUAUAUUUGUUGUUCACUUGGAUCCCCAUACGCCCCCGCUUUACUCUACCAUCCAGCCAUGUUUAUUCUCACCUUAAGUCACUCCCUUCACAGCUAGCUUGCAGCUAGCAGAAAGUCUCAAAGGUUUCACAUCCGUUAACCAUCAGCCAGAAACUAACCAACUGUUUCUCUCUUUUCUUUCUUCUCACGGUUUUUGUGGUGCUUGUUGCCUUGGUGAUGUUUUGAGUGUGGCCUCGAACCCACUGACCUCCUCCCCUCUACACACACACACACACACACACACACACACACACACACACACACACACACGCACACACACACCGUCUGUAGGCGUCCAGGCCUUCAUGUUUCUAACCUCUCAUGUACUCCACGUUGUUUUUGACUUCAGUGUCUUUUUCCUGUUGCACACGUUGAGUUCACAAAAUGGUUAGAAGCAUGGCCGUAACGGUUGAUUCGGACGGUUGGGGACAAUUGCUUUCAACACAAUAUGGCAAGAGAAGUGACUGUCAGAUCUUCCCAGUGCCAUCCCGUCAAACCUCUGUUCCGACUCUGAUACUAUCUUGGACAUGUGUGUACCAUAGCUGUCAAACGGUGACAAUUGCUUUGAACACAACAAUGCGUGAUAAGAGAGUGUCAAGUCUUCCCACCCCGUCCCAGCCUUACCAUUUUACACAAUCCCGCCUUUGUUACGGUUCUGAUACUACCUCCGAAGCCGGAAUAUUGCCGAAUAGAUUGUUCCCUCAUUCCAUGUCAGCGCUGUCAGCCCUCAUGUUACGCAGUGGUACUAAAAUUUUGAAAAACCUCAACAACCUUCAUCGGAUACUGUACAUACAACUGGAUUGUUUUAUUUAAUUAUUCUCGUCAGUAAUAUUUAAUUGUUUGUUUUUUUCAUGUUGGUUUACAAGUUCUGUCAUGACUGCGAGCAUGUGGUAAAUCCGAACCACAAAAUGUCUACCCGGGCGGCCAUUUUGUGGUUAAAAACACCAAGUACACUACAGAAUAUUUAUGGCUAACAAUGUAAAGGUCACAGGGUUUUUCCUGGCUCAAAUUGAGACUGAGGUGGUACCAUUCUGAUCCUGUUCAUGUAUUUACGUGUGUUUCUAUUGCUGUUUCUUUUGACACAUUUCUUUAAACACACCACUUGCCUUGAAAGAUACGAAAACACUUCUGCUUAUUUUCUUCCAAGUUGGACAUUUCUUUUGGUUACAAAAAGAAAAACAUGUCCAAAAUCACCCCGACUCAUUGGCAGUAGGCAAGGAAAUCACGAUUUUAGCAGCAUUUCCAAUGUGUACUAUUUCGAUUUCAGUCAAAAAUUAACCCAGCUAUUUCAAUGCUGGUCAGAGAAUCGCCAGUUUUCAUGAUGAGAGAGUCCAAAAUUAGGAGGAGAUGGCCACCUCCAAAUUUUAUUUGCAGGAAAAACCCUGCAAUUGAAGGUACACUCUCUUGUGAUCUAAUAUUACGAUAAUCGGGCUAACAUGUUAAUUAUUUGGGGUUUUUUUUCAGUGUUUGCUUUCCAAUUGAACAUUGUUAAGUUAUGCGAUGAUUUCUGUGUUAGCGACAUUGCUAACACAAAAAAGUGCUGGGACCAUGCCUUUAUUAAAAUAACUUUCACCUGUUAGCUACUUUGCUAUGCAGUUAGCAUCCUAAUUCAUGGAAGCACUUUGUGCAUUUAUUUGAAAUCCUUGAUAUCCAUUUAAGGUCCAUGUACUAUUAAGCUCCUUGACAUAUGCUAAAAAAAAAUGACCACUUGGAUAUGCAAGUGUGACAGCAAAUAUAUAGACCUCCUCCUCCUUUGCGUCUUGUCCUGCUGAUUUUUAUAUGAGCGCCAAUGGCGAAAGUGUGAAAGCGUUGGACCAUUUAACAUCAGUUUGGGUGGACAAACGUUUCACGGCGAGCGCUUGUAUCCGAGUCAACCUCGCUUAUUGUGACGUCAUUGCCUCUUGCACAACUUGAAAAUGAUUUUAAUGUUUUUUUUAAUCCUCACUGGUUGUCAAACAAACAUCCCGUUGACCAGUCCAAGCCUUUAAACUCGUGAUACCGGGGAGAAAAAGUUGAAUUAAAAUGAUUGUCUGGAAUGCUUGACAUGUUUAAUUGGUUGUGUAUUUGUGUGUAGAUUUUUGUAAAUAUGAAUAAUGAUCUAUCCUACACCAGCAACUUGUCUCUUGUUUUAACAGGGCCAGCUUUCACAUACAUCGUCUGUAUUGUGAUACGAGUGACAUUGGGAUCCUGAAUAAUUGAUAUCGUGAAAGAAAAUCAUCCACCAUGUCGCAAUGUCUCUGAAAGUCAUGAAAACUCACAAUAUGAUACCUCAAUAUUUUUACGGUAUAAAAUGGUAUCACAAUAUAGCAAUGGCGUGGCCAUUUAUAUGUUGGCGGUGAAAAAAGUCUCCAAUAUGUCCUGAUAUAGUUGUUCUUAAAAAGGAAAACCUAAGUUACAAUUAUUAUCUUAAUGUAUUUCCCACGAUAGCAAAUGGUAUCACGAUACAGGGAUUGUCUAAUAAUUGUGAUAGCGAGGGAAUAACGAUACCUUGUAAAUGUAUAUAUUGGAUGAAAAAUAUGUAACAUUAAAUGUACAUAUGUACUUAACUAAGGAGACUGUGAUUAUUUUGCCAUGACACCAAUGGUGUCAUGGUACAUUUUUUUCCCCCAACAAAAUUGAAGACACUACAAUACAUUGGAAGAAAAUUCUGUCCAAAAUUUGAUCAACAAAAACUGUUUUAUUACAAUGUUUUUCAAAAAAAUGCCAAUGGUAUCACGAUAUGGCAAUUGCAUGAUAAGUGAUAUAAAUAAUGGAAGAAAAGUAUUUAUACAUUUAUUUAUACAUCACAAUGUCAUGACUCAUGAAACAAUUCUGUUGCAGUGAUAUCAAUAGGUUACACGAUACAGCUCAAUUUUAGCAUUUAUUUUUGGAAAUGUAAAGUCAAUUUGAGAUGUUUGUGAAAGCUGUCGCUGGUUUCAUCAUUUCUGCUGCUUUUGACUAAAAAAAAAAAAGUGCCAUGUGCAAUGCGUAUGUAAUGAUGUGAACAAGACUUUUUCUCAAAAGGAAUAAAAGUGAACCUGGAUGA